AUGGAACGUUGGCGACUUCGAUUGAUGCCAUAUCAGUUCAAACUCGAAUACCGACCAGGUCGAGAUGAGUUGAAUCCAGCCGACUAUAUGAGUCGACAUCCACAUGAUAAGCCUAAGCGCGAUAACGCUGCUGAAGCUUAUGUUGCAUACAUCAGUCAUAACGCUGUGCCUAAGUCACUGACUUUUGACGAAGUCCGUGCUGCUUCACGCAAAUGUCCUACUUUGCAGAAUGUGAUGUCUGCCAUUCAGACUGGCGAUUGGUGGAAUGAUCCUACUCUAAUUCCGUAUGUUCGCUUCCGAGACGAGCUCUCAAUCUAUGAUGGUGUUAUUUUAAGAGAUCAUCGUUUGGUCAUUCCAGCCCAAUUACAAGACAGGGUUGUUGAUAUUGCUCAUCAGGCCCACCAAGGCAUAGUCAAGACGAAGCAGCUCCUCCGGGAAAAAGUCUGGUUUCCUUCUAUUGACAAAAUGGUUGAGGAGGCUGUGAAAAGCUGUAUUCCAUGUCAAGCAUCAUAUCCUGGACAUAACAAGAGAGAACCUAUAUGUCCCACUGUUCUGCCUUCUAGCCCUUGGUCUGAAUUGGCUGUUGAUUUUUCUGGUCCAUAUCCAUCUGGUCAGUACAUCCUAGUAGUUGUUGAUGAACAUAGCAGAUAUCCCGAAGUUGAGAUUGUACAUUCCACAUCGGCAAAGGUUGUAAUUCCCAGACUUCAAGGCAUAUUUGCACGUCAAGGGUUCCCAAAAGUCUUGAAAUCUGAUAAUGGUCCGCCUUUUCAAAGUCAGGAGUUCGCAGACUUUGCCAAUGCUUGUGGUUUCAAACAUCGCCGUAUCACUCCGCUGUGGCCGGAAGCGAACGGUAAUGUGGAACGGUUUAUGGGCACUUUGAACAAGUUUGUUAGAGCUUGCGUGUCAGGAAAUAGAAAUUGGAAGUCUGAACUUAAUCAAUUUCUUAUGCAAUAUAGGGCAACACCCAAAUCAUCAACCAAAAUUUCUCCGUUUUGA